UGGGAGCAGUGAGAGGUCACUGGAGGAGAUGUCAUUCGGUCGACUCUUGCGACGCGCAUCCUCCAAAGCCUCUGACCUUUUGACGUUUAACGUGGGCUCAGGGGGAUCCCGGACCGUGCUGGAUGGAGAGAUCAUCUUCUCCAAGAACAAUGUGUGUGUGCACCCAUCCGAAACUCUGCCUGGACUGCCUGAGCAUCACCCAGGUUACCUGUGUGUGCACCUGGAGAAAGACGAGACCCUCGGCUCCACCCUCAUCCUAACCUGGGUGCCCAACUCCCGCAUCCAACGGCAGGACGAAGAGGCGCUCCGUUACAUCACCCCCGAAAGCUCACCCGUCCGCCGCAACCCCCGCCGCCGUGCCCACCGAGGUCACUCACGCCCACCGCCCGCUCCCGAAGAAGACGAGGAUGAAGAUGGAGCGGAGCCCCCCUUACCCAACCAGCAGCUUUCAGAGGAGGGCGACGAAGGAUCUUGCGAACUGUCUGCAGACGAGGUGAGUCGAGACAGCACCCUGGGCUCGGACUCGGACACCUUCUCCUCGCCCUUCUGCCUGUCACCCGUCAGCGAGGCUCUGGGCGAGAGCAGCAGCUCUGUCUUCUUGGAUAAUGAGAGCAGGUGA